AUGGCCACCGCGGCUUCCAAUCCUUAUCUGCCCAGCAAUAGCAUCUUAUCGUCCGGCUCCAUCGUGCACUCUGACUCCGGAGGUGGUGGCAUGCAGCCGGGCAGUGCUGCGGUUACCUCGGGGUCUGGGGGCUACAGGGGAGACCCCUCAGUCAAGAUGGUACAGAGUGACUUUAUGCAAGGCGCAAUGGCAGCGAGCAACGGGGGACACAUGCUGAGCCAUGCCCAUCAGUGGGUGACAUCCCUCCCGCACGCCGCCGCAGCCGCAGCAGCAGCCGCGGUUGCUGCAGCUGAAGCCGGAUCGCCCUGGUCGUCGAGCCCGGUCGGGAUGACGGGCAGCCCGCAGCAGCAGGACGUGAAAAACUCCGGCAGAGACGAUCUGCACACGGGCACCGCGCUGCACCACAGGCCCCCUCACUUAGCUCCCCACCAGACUCACGCCGGGGCUUGGGGGAGCACGACUGCGGCUCACAUUAACUCCAUAUCCGGGGGGCAGCAGCAGCAGCAGUCGCUGCUCUACUCCCAGCCGGGGGGGUUCACUGUGAACGGGAUGCUGAGCCCGGGAAGCCAGAGCCUGGUGCACCCGGGCUUGGUGAGGGGGGACACCCCGGAUCUGGACCACGGCAGCCACCACCACCACCAUCACCACCAGCAUCCGCAUCACCAGCACCACGGCGGCGUCAACAGCCACGACCCGCACUCGGACGACGACACGCCGACCUCGGACGACCUGGAACAGUUCGCCAAGCAGUUCAAACAGCGGAGGAUCAAACUGGGCUUUACGCAGGCGGACGUCGGCUUGGCUUUGGGCACCCUGUACGGGAACGUUUUCUCUCAGACAACCAUUUGCAGAUUCGAGGCUCUGCAGCUCAGCUUCAAAAACAUGUGCAAGCUCAAGCCUUUGUUGAACAAGUGGCUUGAGGAGGCCGACUCGUCCACCGGCAGCCCCACCAGCAUCGACAAGAUCGCGGCGCAGGGGAGGAAGCGAAAGAAGCGCACAUCCAUCGAAGUGAGUGUCAAGGGGGCUUUGGAGAGCCACUUCCUAAAAUGUCCCAAACCCUCGGCCCAGGAGAUCACCAGCCUGGCGGACAACUUGCAGUUGGAGAAAGAGGUGGUUAGAGUGUGGUUUUGCAAUAGGAGACAGAAGGAAAAACGGAUGACGCCCCCAGGAGUGGCACAGACGCCGGAGGAUGUGUACUCGCAGGUCGGCAAUGGGCAUUUUUUAGUAGAUUACUUAAAAGAUGCAAGUGAAGCGAGCGACCAGAGGGUGACAACUACAAGUUCAUUCCACCAGGAGGAAAAACUGCAACAAAAUGAAGAAGAGUGA